GGCGGCCGUUUUGCCCUCGAGGAAGCGGAAGGGGAGAGCGGGGUCGAAAAAAGGGGCUGAGCAGCCCCGUUGGCCCAGAUCUUCAUGGAGAUAUAUUACUGAAGACAUAAACAUUUGGUAAUCUGUAAGUAAAGAAUGAAGCAAGAGAAGUACUUGGAGCAGUAGUGUCAUAAGUGGACUUUGCGAUUGAUAAAUUUGUUUGUCAUUGCCCACUGCGUUGGAAAGCAAACAUAGGACUAUGCACAAUGGGUCUACGAAUUCACUUUGUUGUUGACCCACAUGGUUGGUGCUGCAUGGGUUUGAUUGUCUUUGUCUGGUUAUUCAACUGUAUCCUACUUCCCCACAUUGUCCUUUAUCCUCACUAUGAAGAAGGACAUAUCUCUGCUUCAGCAAUACUGUUAUUUUAUAGCAUUGCUGUGUUUUGUCUGGUCGCCUUGGUGAGAGCUUCUAUAUCUGAUCCAGGAAGACUCCCUGAAAACCCAAAGAUUCCCCAUGGAGAAAGGGAGCUCUGGGAAUUGUGUAACAAGUGCAAUUUGAUGAGACCAAAGCGUUCUCAUCAUUGCAGCCGCUGUGGCCACUGUGUUAGGAGAAUGGACCACCAUUGCCCAUGGAUUAACAACUGUGUUGGGGAAGACAAUCAUUGGCUGUUUCUGCAGUUGUGUUUCUACACAGAGCUACUUACGAGCUAUUCACUGAUGAUUUGUUUCUGCCACUAUUAUUACUUCCUACCACUAAAAAGGCGUAAUUGGGAUCUCUUUCUGGUGAGACAUGAACUGGCCUUAAUAAGAAUAGCUGCCUUUAUGGGUUUAACUAUGCUAGGUGGAAUUAGUGGACUCUUUUACACUCAGCUAAUUGGCAUCAUCACUGAUACAACUUCUAUUGAAAAGAUGUCAAAUUGUUGUGAAGAAAUAUCCAGGCCGCGAAAGCCAUGGCAGCAGACCUUCUCAGAAGUUUUUGGCACUCGUUGGAAGAUCCUGUGGUUCAUUCCUUUCAGGCAAAGGCAACCACUGCGAGUUCCCUACCACUUUGCCAAUCACGUCUAAACAGAUGGAUGGUGGGCACAGAUGGGUCCUCCAUGCUGGAAGUGUGUUACAGGUUUUAUGAUAAUAGAACUAUGACAGUCUUCAAGUCAAUUAAAAUCCACCCACCAAUCUUAGGCAUCAUAAUGUGCCCCAGGCUUUAUUUUAAUAGUGAUCUUGAUCCUGUUGUGGGACUAAUACAAGAUCUAUAUUUGUUUUAAAGUGUGUUUACUUUCAAAUUAGCUAGCCACUGGGAUUUCUCAAAGUCUUUUGUUGUUGAGUUCAAAAGGCAGUGACUGGGAUGAAAUAAUUGGAUGUAAUUUUCUUUAGUGCAGACAGAGUAUGUUGAUGAUUUUAUUUUGAGUGAAAUGUGACGUUUACUUAAAAUCUUCAGUUUCAAGCACAAUACUGACCAAAUCGGAAUUUAAUUUUUUUAGAUUUUUUUAUAUAGAUUGCUAUUAUAUGAGCACCUUUUCUGCUAAUCUAAUAUAAAAAUCUUUAAUGCCUCUUAUUUAUAAUUCAAGAGAUUAGCAUUGCAGCAUAUCACUGAAAAAAGGCAUAAUGUUUUAUUAGAAAACAGAUUUCUUCCUAAUGGCUUUUCUCCAUUAAACACCUCUCUUUUACAAUCAAUCCUCAGCCAAAUUUACAGCUUCAUAAAAAUAUUCUUACUUCCAAAGUUAUCACUAUGCUUGCUCUGUUGAUAAAAGCUGUUAGA